UCCGAAGGUUUCAGAAGCUCCAAAACAGCAACCUUCAUCCUCUCUUCCUCUCUCUCUCUCUCUCUCUACUUCUCCUCUCUCUUUCUCUCUCUAGACAUCGUCACUUUCGCUUUCCCCUUACCUCACCGUAAAGCGAACCCAAGAAAUCUCUCUUCCUCUCUCUUUCUCUCUCUAUCUCUAUCUCUAUCUCUCUAUCUCCUCCGCGAAUGACGCGCCUUGAUGGCGGCCAUGGCUUUCCACCUCGCGGUUGAUCCUCCAUUUCCACGGCCGCCGUCGCCGCCGUCGUCGCCGUCGUCGCCUUCUUGUGACCCUUCUACCGACGGCCAAUUCAUGUUCUCCCUCCUCUACUCCGCCUUCCUCACCCUCGCCGUCCUCUCCUUCUUCCUCGCCUCCUUCUCUCUGUUCAAGAAGCUCCGCCGCACCCGCGCCGAGAGCCCCAAGCAGGACGACGACGACCGCCGCCGCCGCCGCCGCCCGUCAACGCCGCCCGUCGCCGACGGGGACGAUGGGGCCCGAGAGCCAGAGCCUGAGCCCGACCCGACCCACUUGACCCAUUCCCUGCUGCUCGAGAUCUUGCCCUCCGAUGCCGCGAGCCUGUGCAGCGACGCCGACGAGUCGGUGUCCGGGUCGGAGCACUGCUGUCCCGGGCCGGCCCAGGUCGGGAAGAGGAAGAAGAAGAGGGCCAAGAAGAAGAGCAAGAGUAGGUCGGAUGAGAGGGCUGCCGAGGAGGAAGGGAAUGAGGGGAAGUCGGGUUCGGGUCGGCCCGUGUCGGAGAAGCCCGAACUGAUUUGCCUGUACCCAUUUACCUCUUCCAGCAGUGCCACGCAGAGGAGGAUCAAGCAGCACUAUGAUGAGCUCGUCAAGUGCCAUGAGUCCAAAGGAUUGACCCUUGCUCAGGUCAGCCAGUUUGCUAAUUGCUUGGUUGAGGCUAGAAAUGAGCUACAGCACAAGUCGGAGGUUAUACAGCGCAAGUUUACAAUAGCAAAAGCCUUGCUUUUUAAGGCGGAUAGAUCCUCCUUUGAGCGACUUCGUCAGCAGAUAUACAAGUUAGAGUUGGAACAGAAGAGACUUGAAGAAGAUGCAUUUGUUUAUAACUGGCUCCAACAGCAGCUCAAACUCUCACCAGCCUACAAGAAGAUGCUUGAAGUUGGUGCCUGCAUGGAGUUGAAGGCUAAAUCUGGUGAACCGAUGGAAGCUGAAGAGUCAGAAGUCCCAGAUAUUUCAUUUGAAGAGCUACUAGCACAAGAAAAGAAAGAUUCUUUUUGGCAGAAAACGAAGAAAUCAAGAGCAGGCUCAAACUAAUUUAAACGCUGCCUUUGCUGACCGAGUACAAAGACUAGCACCUCUACUGUGUAUAUUCUUCGAAUUCUUACUUCAUCAAGGCCACAUAUGGUUUUUGAUGCCAUGCUUCAGGGCCUGAGACGUGAACACUUAGUUUGGUCUGACCACCUCCAACGUUGUCAUGGAGAUAUGGACGCGAGUCCAAGUGAUUUUGGGGAAGGAGAAACAUGGGUGAUCUUCUGAUGUUGUCGAAGCCUUUUGCUGACUAGGGAUGUUGACAUUUAGAUCUGAAGCCUGUCAGAUUAACGAGGGAUCGAUCAGCCGUCAGUGGGUGAUCUCAGUUUUGGUCAUCGCUUCUCUCUCUGAAUGUUUUUUGGUUGGUGUUAAUAUUGCAAUGUUAAUGUGUGUAGCAGUGGAAAGGAUUUGGUUUAGGGUUCUUAACUUAUGAGAAAACGGAACUUUUCUCUCUUUGUUGGCCCAAAGACAAGCGAAACUUUGCUCAAUGGCCCUAAAGAAAAAGAAAAAGUGCAAGUUUGUUUUGGAAUAUAUGUAGACGAAACUGUAAAUUUUCUCCA